UAGUAGCGGUUUAUUUUGUAUCGAUCGGCCGUACUGCGACUGCGCGAUUUCUUAAUCUUUCCUUCGAAACACAUCGCGUGUGUGAGAACUGUGAGAUACUGAGAUUGUGUGACUUUUCUCCAGAAAUUCAAUACCUAAUAAGCUACUUGCUAGGUGACUCGCUUAGACUCAAUUCUAAGUGUUAAGCAAGCCAUAUGUUUAAGCAGAUGUAAACUAAUAACUUUAAAAAAACUGCAAAGUUUUUUACUGGCACUGAAUAAUAAAACUGCUGUUUGGGUAAUUUCCACUACUUGAUUAUUUCAGAAUUAAUUUCUAAAGGACCAUUCUUCCUGGCAGUCAAAUAAAAAUUGGGCUGUUGUCCACCAGAAAUUAAUCAUCAUUAACAGCCUAUAACUGGCCACCGCUGACCAAAGGCAUUUUCUCGCUCGGGGAAGUUUUGAGCAUCAGUCAGCACACUUGCUCAAUGCGAGUUGACAAUUUUAAACUUAUAAUUAGAAAUUAUCAGCCCAGGUUUGCCCUUCUUAGGUCAACAUAGGUAUUCUAAUAAAUGAGAUAACCGGUAAAUCAUAGAGAGUACCGAGCCUGCCUACUACUUAAUUGUUAUUGCAAACACACAAAAGCUCGCACUUUCCUAAUAUUAGUGAGAUUGAAUCGCAUAUUUUUAAAGAAUAUUUAGUAAGAUGAGCAGUGACGAAGAUUAUGAUAAUCUGCCGAAUAUAACUUUAUUCGAGCCGACACCUGGCUGCAGUAAAGAUGAUCCACCAUUGGUUAAAAAAAAGUGCAAAGAAUUCGUAGUACCUCCAGCGGAGGAGCUCUUGAAGGAGAGAGAGAAGCUGCGUAAGCUGAAACUAGAGCUGCAGUCUUUCAAUUGCCCAGAAAUUGAACCUCGCUGCGACUUGGACGCUGAGCUGCGUGAGGUUGGUUUGAUCGAGGUACAAGGUCCGUUGUGGCCAGCGCAGCGCCCCAUCCCAACCGCUCGCGAACUGUGGAGCACGAUGAGCCCAUAUCUGAUGACCCGCGGUGUCACCUUGGACAAAUUGCCUAAUCGCCUGCCAAAACUUACGGCCGCUUUAACAACCGAUACGGGCGACCGAAUCAUUCCGCCAGCCGAUUUUGGAUGGUCCGACAGUGAAAUGCUGGGCGCCUGCGUAGUGACGCUAGUUGCUACCAUUGCCAGAGAAUCCCACAUAAAACGUGUUGCGGCACGAACAUUGCAGACGCUCUUGGACUACCACGCGAGUCAUGUACAGUUGGAAGACUUCUUGUUAAUGAUAGUGAAAUCAUUCCCGGAUCCGCGCAUGCGCCGAGAUAUCGGGGAUAUGGUGAUCAAUGGCGCAGGGCUGGGUGCCGACCGCGUGUCAAGGGCUCUGUUCUACACCACCUUGCUUACGAUUAUUCAUAAAGCGAACCCUAAUGCUGGUAUCGCAAUAAAUAAGUACAAAGUCGGCGAAUCUAGUAAAUCUUGUCAACCAAUUAAAACUGAAACUAAUGAAGCUAGUGGUGCUAUUCAGGUUGGUGUGAUUAAAUAUUGCGGUAAGAGUGAACCUUGUGACACCCCAGCUGCACCUGCACCUGCACCUGCACCUGCAACCCCACCUCCACCUCCACCUAGCGUCGGUAGUGUGGAGGACGACGAUGUACAAGUGACCGUAGCAAACGUGAUAGAGGGCGACUCCUAUCCACUGCUGCGCGUUGCUGAGGCAAUUCCGUUCUGGCGCCGCUGCACAGACGCCGAGCGUUAUGAGGUCAUCAAGCUCGCAGGCCGUUUAAUGGCCGAUUCGAUGUCUUCGGACGGUACGGAAGCCACAGCAAGGGCACGGAAGCUAUUGCUCAAGAAUAUCAAACAGACAAAAACCCAGCAUGCGUCGCCUUAUCACCAGUAUAAGGAACGUGUGGAGAUCGGGAAACUGGACAUCUUGUUCUCCGACAAAUACUGAAGACCAAAAACAACCGAACGUAUAAUCUAAAUAGGUGACGAGACCGCUCGUAGUAGUUUACCCAAAACCUUCAAAACUCUUAUUUCAACAUUAAUUUAUCAUCUAAUUAUUUAUUUAACAUGGUGUGUCUAGUCAUUUUCUCUCACCCAGUCAAUGCUUUGAAACAGUAAAAGCAACUCUAAUCAAGUUACUCAAACUCAGGCCUAAGAACCUAAAAAAUAAUUAUUUUAAACGUAGGUAUAUGUACAUAAUCACAAACGGCAUCCUGACGCUAUAUUAAUCAUGGCAGCGUCGUCAGAAAUUCUAGAAAUAAAAAAAUAGAAUUCGAUCUCCGUGCACCUUUAUAUUCGCUGCAGCAGUGAAGUAACCGUCAGUGAGUACCUAAGUUAAUAACCGGCAACGUAAUGCCGAAAACCGUAAUUUAAGUAAAUAUUAUGUCGACACUAGGACGGAGACAGUAGCAUAGAUAGGUAAGCACCUACCCAAGUAGGUACUAAGGUAAGUUUCAAGUUAACAAGUCUGAUUGUGUAAGGUUCUCCUGUCCAAUUGCCAACAUAUUUAUGUUUUUAAUGUAUUUGAUACAAAAAUGAUAUAGUCAUUCAACUAUUUAAUAAUGUAAUGACUUUGUGAUGAAUUUUAAAACACUUUUGUGAUCGAUCUGAGAUCAAAUUUAGUAUGUAGGCAUUUUUCUAUCUUGUGUAAUCUUUAAGAUUUUUGGAAUUGUAUUUUGUAAUUGUUGUUAGCGGUACGUGAAGUGUAUGUCGGAGCUAGACCUACCAUAAUAUUUUUAAGACAUGAGAUCUAGUUCCGAGAUAGGUAAUUUAAGUACGAAAGUAAGUACGUAACUGUAUGUGGAUGGAAAGCGCGGCCAAAGAAAACCUGCAGAGAUUGUGUGUGAGCAAUGAUAUGAGAGAGUUGAGGUAUGUAUUGAGGUGUUAACUGUGUGUUUGACUGCACGGUUGGUGCGGUGGCUGGGCAACCGGCUGCCGUACAACGUGUCGGUGGUUCGA